CCUGUAUUAAGUAGUAGCUUCAUUUAUCCUCCUCCAGGAUCUCUCUCUCAUACAAUAUAUUCUUUGGAGCACCAACAGUAGUAGUUCAUCCUUAUCCACAUAGCUGCAUUAGACACACACCAUUGCAUUCCCUUUUGCUGCAACAACGACAAAAGCAUCAAAAGCGACAAAAAUGACAAACAAUCAUAUGCAUUUAGUUUUUGGCAAAACAAUUUCAAUUUCACUCACAAUGCGCUAACCAAAUAAUUGCUCAUACGCCCCAUUGCGUCCAUUACUGCUUCGCUUUGGAGUUGUGCUACUGCGGCGCUUGCGAUUUAGAUUUGCGAUUUUUUGGCCAGUUUACGCACACGAACACAAACACAAAACCAAACUAAGCAAACAGACAAACAAGCCAAGUAUCUUAUGUCUUUUUCACAAAAACACACCCCACUCUAGACACCCCAGACACACAACUAUAAAUAAAUAUUAAUAUAAUAUAUCAAUAUGCAUUUUGUAUAUUCCUAGUACACUAUCUAAAUAGAUUAUCCUAGAAUUUGACUGGAGCAGUUGCCGAGUAUCCUUUGUAGCUUAGCCCGAAAUAAAUUAUAGCAUACAUAAGCCAACUAUGUAGCAUCAACGUAUCAUAUUUAGUUGAACGUAAUUAAUUUGUGUAUGCCAAACACUUUGUUUUAUAGUACUCGUACUCGUAUGCAUAUCAUCCUGAUUUUCUCAAAUAAUGAAUCGAGCCGGGCGAAGACCGACUAACCGGAAUGAAUGACUGAAUGAGUGUGCUUGUGGGUGUGUGUUCUUGUUAACAAAUUGUGUGCUAGUGAGUGGCAUUGCGGCGCGAAUGUGCUUCAAUUAAGAUACAUUCCUCGUUUCGGCCCCAAGAGCAAUCACAUGGAAUGACGUUGCCGUUUUGUCGCCUACUUAGGGUCCACAUUUCAGGGCAGCAUCUCUCUGCCCAGCCCCCUUUGCGGUAACAAAGUGCCCCAAAUCUUGGCAAGUGCGCACAUAAUUAGCGCCGCAGCAUUUCUUGUGGCAACUGCCGGCAGAAACUGACAGUUGCAAGUUGCAACUGCAACUACACCGACAAUGGCAACUGUUUGCUGUAACUGUAACUGCAACUGCAACUGCAAGUGCAACUGCAACGGCCACAUUCCCCUGCGGUCGUCAGCUGCAUUAUUCCAAUUAGGAAAGUGUAAAUGCAGCAAGGCACUGAUUGAUUGGAGAUUGCCUUCAGGACUGCCUCAUCCCCGGCAGAUAUUUUAUGACUGCAGCUGUAGUUUCGAUUUGACCCCGAUUAGUUGUAAGUUGUACAACAAGCGGCCAGAAUAGUGGCAGAUAUGUUAGUCCAACUAUGAAAUAGAAAUUUAAUUUGAAAACUUUCAAUGCCACUAUUCAAGCUGCAACUCCUCGCUUUCGAUUUUAACACAAAACCCACAUCUUAGAUAAAUACCAUUACUUGCUACGCCUUAAAUGAUAUAUCUAUAUAUUCUUUCGUGUCCAUAUCUUUUUUGAAAAUUUUCGUUUCGCUUGCCAAAAAAAAUAAACUCAAACUAACCAAAAAAAAUUAAAACCAAAAUAUAACCCAACCAAACCACAUCAAACAACCAAACCAAAUUCUGAAACAAAAAAAAAGAACCACGCUUUGGUCAGUUCUUUGCUCCCGUAUCGAACAUGUCCAGCUCGGCGUACAUCAGCAAUGGAAUCGGGAUAAACUACUAUACGGCCAACACUCUGCAACAGCAGCAGCAGCAGAUGACCUAUCUGCAACAUGCAGCAGGCGGAGCAGCUUGCUCCUCCUCAUCGGCAACCGGAUCGCCGGCCCAUCAGCAACAACAGCAGCAGCAACAGCAGCAACCACUUCACUCCGGCAGCAGCAACAAUGGAAGUGCCAGCGGCUGCAGCAGCAUCGGCUAUCCGCCGAAUGAUCCGGGUCUGCGGCGACGGCUGUUUGCCGGAAUCCGGCCAUUGUCCGUCUUUGGGCGAUUGCGACAGCAGCGAUCGUCGCAGCACCGAUCGAUAUCGCUGCCAGAAAGUAAUUACGCAAACACAACGAACACCGAACACACGAUCGAGAUAUAGAAGAUAUAGAAGACCUACACCAUGGGGAUCUGGGAGUUGGGAUAACUAGCAAUUAGCCUUAGCAACCCACUUCACCUCUGUCGUUCCAUCACCCAGCCAGCACUCCCUGAAAGCACCCUAAAAUACUAAUAAGAAGCCUCAUAGUAACACCUACAUACAUAUGCCCCCCAUUGUUACACUCACCUGUUGUCCCGUGUUUGAUGUUUAGUCUCUCUCUGUGUGUGUGGGUGUGUGUCCUACCUGUUCUUUGUGUAUAUUUUUACCUUUUCACAGUCUAUGUCACACAGAAUCCGUAUUUUUAAGUGUAUGUAUGUGGAAGUGGCUUUAUUGAGUAGAUUUAAGACGCGUUUCAAUUAUUUUAAUUUAAGCUGCGGACUCAGAGACCGAGACCGAUUAAACAAUGGUCGGAUUAAAUGCCAAUUAGUCUUAACCCAGUUUACACUCCCUGGCAAAUGGCUCAUUUCCGUCAACAGCAACUGCAUUUAUAUACACGGCCGAGUUCCGGGCUACUGUUGUUGUGAUGCUUUUUGCAUUUCUGUAUGCAGCUGAAAAGCAAACUGAAAGCAGCUUCAUCAUGCUUCAGACGAUGCCCAGAACUUACUCCUUCUUUCUCCAUUCGAGAAUCCAGCCAGUUGGCCCGGGACGACUGCCGGCUGCCGUGUAAAUUACAAGCCAUUGUCAACUUUUGUGCAAAAAUUCAGUCGCCGCACAAAACUUCCCAAAAGUGGGGUUUGGGAUUGGAUGGGGUUGCCUUCGCAGCUGCAUACAAAUGUUGCAGACUUUGAGCCCCCUUACCAAAAAAACAACAAACAAAAAAAAGAGUAUAAAAUGUAAAAAUAAAAGUUUUUUCGCCAACGCGCGAGUUCAUUUGUGCUUAAUGUUUGCUGCAUUUUUAAUGCCACUCGCGCCCAGAGACAAGUUUAAAGUUAAAGUCGCGCGGCGCCGUGCCGAGCCGCCAACUUUUUGUCUUAGGAAAGUGUAGCAUCUCAUUGGGAUCGAGGAGGACGAUGUGGGGAGGAUGGGACUGGCACUGGAAGUGCUGGGGACCCCGGUCGGUCCCAGGCCGAACAUAAUUAUGCUAAAAAUUGUUAUGACACACAAUCUUUUUGCGCAGCUCCUUAUUUUUCUCCACGCUUUUUUCCUUUUACAUAUAUUUUUUUUUGUAUUUUGGGUCUGCCUUUCGUUUGCUCUGCAUGCUGGUAUAUAUUUUCUCAACUUCCUUGCGGCAAAAGUUCCAGGACCCACAGCCGGAGCCUGAGUCAGGCUCUGCACUUAUUUUGCUAGGAUUAUGUUUCUGCUCUAUUACUUGUGCCAGGACUUGUGUCGGCUCCUCCGUUUCCUCCAAAGUUUCCUCCGGUUUGUUUUGACUUGCUUUCUGCAUGAACACUGUCUUAAUGUUUAAUAUUUUCUUUUGGGCUUCAUAUCUUCAUUUAACUUAAUUAGUUUUGAUUCAAAUUCUCUGGAUCCUGUUCCUGUUCGCCCAAGCCAAAGCUGAAAAAUCAAUGGAAAUGCCACUAACAACUAACACGACUUUAGUACAUAACUAAGGAUAAAAAAGUAUAUAUUUUGAAUACAUAUUUAUU